AUGGAAAAGGCUCCUUUGACUCAGUGUCCCUCCACCUGCUCGAACUCGGUUAAUAACCUCGACGAGCUGAUGGAGAAGCGACGCUCCAUCCUCAAAGGACUUUGGCAGGCACGAUCGGAGACCUGGUGCAAGUGGUUCUGCUUGCCAUCCCCGAUCGCUUCCUGCUUCCUUGCCCGUCGAAUGGAAGUGAAUCGACCUCUCAAGUACCUUCUUCUUGGAAUCACGCUCCUCACGUUGUCUGCCAUCGGCCACUCGAUCUCCUUGAUCUACCAAGGCAAACUUGCCGAGGUUAUCGAAACAUCUACUGCUUUGCCAACCACCGAUGAUGUCAACAUUGUUCCCAUCGAGCAGGAAGAAUGGUACCUCGCUAUCAUGAGCUUGUCUAUCGGUUUGAUUGCCUGCAUCUUCACUUUUAUCUGGCUCAUCAUGAUGUGCUGCCUUCGACGCCGAUUCGACAAGCUCCGUGGAUUCAACAACUGCUGCCACAGCUGCUUGCUCACAUUCUUCUGCCACCAGUGCUCGAUCGCUCAAAUGGGUACUCACCUGGAGCUCGAGAACGAUUCCUCCGUCGAAAAGCUUCUUCACGUCUGA